AUGGCCCACAGAGAAGGGCACAGAAUACAAUUCCCCAUUGAGCACAGUCUGAAGCGCACAUCACACUCUCUAGGGGACAACCUGUGUGAGAUUGUCAUUGUUUGCUUGCUUUGCACAGAAGAGGAGGAAGAGGUAGAAGAGGUAGCAGAGGAGGAGGAGGAGGAGGAGGAGGAGGAAGUGGAAGAGGUGGUAGAGGAGGAGGAGGAAGCAGAUGCAGAGGAAAAUGAAGGAGAAGAGGCAAAGCCCAAGGGAAAGCCUGGUUUUCUGCCCGGCUUGGCAGCUCCCAAAAUCCCAGAGGGAGAAAGAGUGGACUUUGACGACAUUCAUAGAAAACGAAUGGAAAAGGACCUGACGGAGCUCCACACUCUGAUUGAAGCUCACUUUGAGAAGCGUAAGAAGGAAGAAGAAGAGCUUCUUAGCCUCACAGAUCGCAUUGAGAAACGCAGGUCAGAAAGAGCAGAGCAGAUAAAGAUCAGGGCAGAGAGAGAAAAAGAACGGCAGAACAAAGUGGCUGAAGAGAAAGCCAGAAAAGAAGAUGAAGAAGCAAAGAAGAAAGCAGACGAUGAUGCCAGGAAGAAGAUGAUUCUGUCCAACUUGAGUUUCACUGGAUAUAAGCAGACGCAGACUGGGCCAAAAAGACAGACAGAAAGAGAAAAGAAGAAGAAGAUCCUAAAUGACAGACGCAAAGAGUUAAAUGUUGAUCAAAUGAGAGAGGACCAACUCAGGGAAAAAGCUAAGGAACUGUGGGAGUGGAUUCGCCAGCUGGAGGCGGAGAAAUAUGAACUUCAGUAUAAGCAUGCAAACCAGAAGUAUGAGGUCACCGUGCUGAGAAACCGAGUCAGUGAUCAUCAGAAAAUUACAAAGGGUGCCAGAAGCAAGCGUGGCCUGAGGAAGUAACAUCUGACAUCAACCGGAGGAAUACUGGCAACAUUUGACUUCCAUGGAAUCAUUGAGAGUAACAUCGACCACAUAAUAAUGUUUUCUCAAUACUGAGCAUGCAAGAACAAAUUACAAUACCGAAAAUAUCAUAAGAUGCUCUAAAAUGUGUUAUCAGUUAAAUGAAGUGCGUGCAGGAAAGUAGCAGUAUAGUGGUCGGUCUCUGAUUGCUGACUGAUCAGGUGAUGUGUUGCAGCUUGUGUUUAUUUGACAAGAGGUGUGUAAACCCAUUUUAAGACUUUAGCGUCUGAAAGGACAGAAAGAUAAUAAGAUUAUUCUAUAGGUCCUAUAAUUCAUUUUUUAACAGUACUAAAAGUGAAGUUGUGUAUACACGUUUGUGGUUGGAAUUAAUUAAAAAUACUUUAUUUAACAAAACAAAAAUAGCAUCCUCUUUCUUUUAAGUCUUUGGUUCCUUCACUUGUGGGAACCUUUAAGAUGAGCACUAACGCUGUUGUAAUUGUAACACAGUCACACCUCCUUUAAUGAGGUUACAGUGCUUGUCAAAACCAAAGUGUAGUUUACUUUGGCCAGCCAGGUGUUAUGAUUGGCAAAUUCAGUUAUUUUCAUUUUGUAUUGACAGUUUUUUUUUAUAUUAAACAUCCAGGCAGGCUUGACAUGUGCCAACAGUACUACAAAUACAUCAAUCUAUCAGUGUAAAAUGAAAUGAGUAUGAAAAAAGAUUAGCUGUGCCCAAGGCCUAAUAAAUCUAAAUAUUGCUCCCAGAA